AUGAAGGCCACUCACGUAGCAAGCUGGAUCUUGCUCUGCCUUCUCUUCGUUUUCUGCCCGGCCGUGUCCGGGAUGAACGAACGAGAAGAAAUUGCUCGUGCUCGCGGUCGACGAGAAGAAAACGAGCCUGAAAUGAUGCCUCCAAGGACCGCUGAGGAAUACGUGUCGCAACAAUUUCGCCUCCGCAACACGGAAGCCUACAGCCGCAGUCCUGCAGCCAUCAAGAAGGUUGUAGACCACGCUAAGAUUACCCAAAAACUCGCUUGGAUCUCAGAUCUUACAGAUUUACUGGUUGUUGCCACAAAGGAGAGCCAAGACGCGAGGUCCUUGCUCGAUGACUACUUCAAGAAAACCCAACGACCUGGCCAAGAUUCGCCUGCGGAUUCAGAUGGAAGUGGUUCAAGCUCUUUCCAGACCAAUCUCACCAACACCCCACGAAGGCAGCACCUCUCAAGCCAACUCCCGAAGGCGUGA